AUGGCUACUGACUUUCAACUUUUUCUCUUUCCUCCUCAAUUUCAUCCAGGUGUGGACAUUGCAUCAUUGGCACCGAUAUAUGAAGAGCUGGGUGCGGCUUUCGCCAACGCGAAGAACGACAUUGUUAUUGCAAAGGUUGAUGCGGAUGCGCAUAAGGAAUUGGGAUCCCGAUUUGAAGUCAGGGGAUACCCAACCAUCAAAUGGUUCCCAAAAGGCUCAAAGACACCUGAAGAUUACAAUGGUGGUCGGGACUUGGACUCUUUUCUGAAAUUUAUCGAAGAAAAAUCUGGAAUUAAGGCGAACGUCAAGAAACCACAAACUUUUGUUAAAGUGCUGACAAGCGGAUCAUUCGACGAGGUUGUCAAGGAUCCCAAGAAGAAUGUGCUUGUCGAAUUUUAUGCUCCAUGGUGUGGUCACUGCAAGAAUUUGGCCCCUAUAUACGAAAAGGUGGCCAAAGAUUUCGCUUUUGAGCCAAACUGUGUGGUGGCAAAUGUGGAUGCAACAGCUGCACCCGAUCUCGGGGAGAGGUACAAUAUUGCAGGUUACCCAACCAUCAAAUUUUUCCCAGCUGGAGGCGACCCAACAUCACCCGAGGACUACCAGGGUGGUCGCUCUGAGGAGGAUUUCGUCAAGUUUUUGAACGAAAAAUGUGGCACUCAUCGCACUGUAGGCGGUGGACUUACGGACCUGGCUGGGCGUAUCGCUGCCUUGGACAAAUUAGCGGCGAAAUUUGUGGCCGCUUCUAAAGAAAUUCGUGAUAGCCUCAUCGAGCAGGCCAAGGAAGCUCUAAAGGGCCAUCCUUCCAAAUUCUCCAAGUACUACCUUAAAGUGAUGGAGAAAAUUGCAAAGGGCAACGAAGCGUUCCCUGGGACGGAGAUUACCCGCUUGGAAAAGGUCCUCAGCACAGGCAACACGGACCCUUCCAGGAUAGAUAACUUCUUAAUCCGAAAGAACAUUCUCCAAGCUUUUGUGUCGGGGAAGACCCCUGCUAAAGAGGCCGAGAAUGUGAAAAUCGACGGCACAUCUGACGCUAAAGAUCAUGAAGAGCUGUAG